AUGUCUGGCAGCACUGAGAAACAGGUUGCCUAUACUGAGCAACAGCAGGAGAAGCGGAAGCUCAGCAUAACCGAAGUCCAACUUUUUGGUAAAGAGGAACACACUCAUGGUGCGCCCAUAGAGGACCUGGACCACCCAAGUCUUGACCUACUCCACCAACUCGCUAAGGGGCAAACGGAGGUAGUUUUCUUCACCGACGGCCAUCACCUUGUCCAGAUUUCAAGGCCAGAGGAUCUCGCUAGGUGCGGCGAUACCGAAACCACGGGGGACAUGCCUGAGGAGCAGGCCAAUGCCUACCAUGCCAAGUUCGCCAGGCGGGUCGGCUGCUACUGGAGGCUGACUUGCGGCUAUCGCGUCCGACAGUCGUCUAAUAUCUGUAACGCAAGAAAGGAGAAGCCUCUAUCGUUCUAUUUUGGUGAGGAUGCGUUCAUGUUUCUCGUCGCGCCUUUUCGAGGCCCACUGUCCCGCGCGUCAGGCAGAUGAGAAGUGAAGUAGGGCUUCCAUCCAUUCAAGGCAUCUUGUUCUUUAAAUUGGAACUCUACUCACUUAAGGCAACCGUAAUAUGUGC